UCACACGCCCGCGGCGAGGGCUCCAGGAGCGCUUCCAGAGGCUGGCGGGCUGGCUGGAGCAGGAAAUGCCAGUACAGGUAGUGUUGGGGCUGUUUGAAAUUUAAUCGGUUUUGCAGCGUUUUGGAGGCAGAGUUGUUUGCCGUGUGUUCUCCUACGGAUGGAGUUUCGGAGGCAUGUGGGUAGAUGUACGCAAAUGAAUGCAAAUCACCUGCUUAGCAUCUGGUCUAAGUUUACCUAUAUCUCUUACUUUGAUUUUCAAUGCAAAUACUUUAAAAUCAGCUUUUCAGAGGAACCGUGACUUGUUUUCUCAACAAGUGGAUUUCCCCCUUCCUAGAAUAAUUGUGAGUUUUACAUAUCUGUACUUAGUGCUUUAUUUUGCUCAUGCGACCCCCUACCAAAAACACCAAACUACUGAAGCUUUCUUAACUUUGAAGCUACUGGGAUUAUUUUAAGAACAACAACUUAAUCGUGCAAACAGCAUUGUACCUGAUUGAUGAUGCACCUUCCUUCCACCCCAAGGCAAUGGAAAAUCCCUUGACUGAUUUUAUGAUUACCCGCUCUAUUCUUAUAGAGUGAAAGGUUUUUUGUUGUUAAAAUAGCGAGACCUCAUGUUAUAACCUGACUAUAAAUUAGCCUUGUCAAUGGGUAAAUAAUCCUUUCUUCCCCUAGCAAAUCGUUGCAAAGUAAGAGGUACUAAGUGGUUUUUUUUUGAAGUAUCAAAUUACUUGUAUAAAAAGUUAUUAUUCUUGACCAGUGGGAUGUUGACAGUAAAAACACAAAAAAUAUGCGCUUAACUUUCAUAUCAAGCCUUGAUAGUGUAGAAUCUUUUUUGGCCAUAAAAUAUGCAUGGUGUGCUACUGACAAAAUUAUUUGGCUGUGUGACCCAGAGGGUGUUAGGGUAUUGGCAGUAUCCUUGCAUAUUCCUUCGUUCUUGGCUCUUGAUAGAGUAAAACAAUUUAGUCACUGAAGGAUGCAGUGAUGUGAGCAAAAGCCAUUCACAGACUUCAUGGUUUGACCAGAAACAAGUUGGAGUUUGUUGGGGCCAGGUUCAAUAAUGAUGGGAUGAGGCUGCAUCAGUAUUUUAGAUGUGUAGACUGAGUGAAAUGUUUGUAGGAAGGUUUGUUCAGGAUAUGUUAAUGAAAAAAUAUGAGGUAUAGUGAUUCAGACAUUCCAACUCUUUUUUUUUUUGUCAAGCCUAUGAAAUGUGUGGGUUUGAUGAUGAUGCUUACAUUACCAUUCCUUCUAACUCAGUUUUGUCAUUUUUUUCCGGGUGACAUAAGAAGUCAGCAAGCUUUUCGAGGAAGAGUACAACUUGGUAUUUAGCACCUCUGUUGAUGAUCAAACAUCUGCACAGCUCAAAAAGCUGAAAGGCAAGGGCAAUUAAUCUGAGAUAAAAAGGCAAGUGUGAGUAUUGCUGUAAAGAUACAUUCUAUCUUCCUGAGGCUGGGGAAAGGGAGCACUGUAGUCUUUGAAUAAUCGCCUGUAAAGCAGUAGGAAGAUGGAGAAACAAAAAUCUUCUCGGUAGUGUCUGUGUGAUGAUUCACUGUAAAUGCUGGCCCGUGUCAUGGGCUGGGAAUUUGUGUUCUCCAAGAUCUUUACUCAGAGUUCCCAUUGUAGCUAUUUCUAAAGUCGGUUUCUCCUUGUAAUAGAUGAGAGAGGCUGAGCUGUGAACCUGUUGUUUUGGUUUUGAUGCAAACAGGAAAGUUUUUAUUGGAACAGCUUAAAGUAAAGAAUGGUACACUUAUACAAAAGCCGUCUGGGAUCGCAUUUACACUUCUGGUUCUCUGUCCUGGAAGGAAUCAGAGACGUGUGACGUGCAGGAGCUGUGGCUUGGCAUAGCAGGGACAGCUAAAUAGGCAAGGGCUGAAGAAGAGACAAUAGAAAUCUUGAAAAAAGAAAAAGUGGGUUGAAAAUCUGCAGGGAUUUUUUGGGAAGCAUUUCUAGAGGAGAUACCAUCAAAUACUCCUUUGGUGUCUUGGGGACUUGUUGAGUCAGUGACCAAAGGAGAAAGAAUGUGUCAGACCAAUACCAGGCAGUGGUAAUAUACUGGUAUUGGCCUUUCUUGUAGCGUUGUUCUUGUUUCUUCUUAUAUGUGUUGCAAGUAAGUGCUAUUAAUGAAGUUUUUCUCCUUCUCUGAUGUUUAAAGUAGUGAGAAUUUGCGUUCCUGUAAACAUAUUUGUGACAACUUUUGAAGUGAAUAGUAUCAUUUUAGAGAAAGGCUGGUGGCUACUAAAAGCAUUAUGUGUAUCUUAUGGUGCACGAAAUUGGUUGACAAAUACAUUUAACAGGGGAGCUCAAGGUGGAAGGGGACAGGAUCUCUGUGCAGGGGCCAAAGUUAUGAUUCAGCCUCGUUGAGGUUCACUGGAAAGAGAAUGAAAUAAACAUGGAGUCUUCUAAACUGGAAUAUAUUUCAUGGGUUACAGUUAGAAGUAAAAAGAAGAUGGAACAAAAUGAGAGAACAGGAGUAUAACACCUGACAAGAACUUUCCAGUUCUGUGAUAUAUAUAUAUUUAUAUAUACACACAUAUAAACUUUGAAUAUAAUACAGCUAAUGAUUUAUAGUAAUACUUUAUUGAUAUCCCUGGAAGAAGUCAGUUACUGUGCAACUUGCUUAAUAAGAACUUUUAUUCUGAUGACUUCUAACAUGUUUUAACCUUAACUAGACACCUUUAUUUAUUUAUUUUUUUAAGACUGAGGGUUCAAAACUUUGUUCAGCUGUAUUUUUACUGGGAGACUGAUCCUGAGGAAUGGCUCACAGUUGCUCAUGGAAAAUGGACUUAAGCCCAUGGAUGGUUACUACUACACAGAAUUGAAUGGAAUUCCAUGACUUUAGAAAUAUUAUUGUAGAACCACCUUCUUUGCCUUGCACCCAUCAUAUCCUUAAAUAUUUAAGUGUGAACAUUGUGAUUAUAAACUCUUAAAAAAUAAUGGCAUGGGUGAAAUUCCUAAGAAAACCUGGGGGUAACCUUGGAAAAGUUUAUCAGCCUGGAAGCAUUUUGUCCCUGGCCCCUACAAAAGGCUUAUUAAAUGAACCUGGACAAAACAGCUGCUUUCUUAAUAGUGCUGUUCAGGUCUUGUGGCAACUUGACAUAUUUCGACGAAGUUUAAGAGGUUUAACUGGACACGUGUGUCAAGGAGAUGCCUGCAUAUUUUGUGCUUUAAAGGCAAUCUUUUCACAAUUCCAGCACAGCCGAGAGAAAGCCCUCCCAUCGGAUAACAUGAGACACGCCCUCGCCGAAAGCUUCAAGGAUGAGCAGCGCUUCCAGCUGGGAUUCAUGGAUGAUGCAGCAGAAUGCUUUGAAAAUAUCCUUGAGAGGAUUCAUUUCCAUUUAGUGCCAAACAGUGAAACAGAUAUGUGCACUUCAAAAUCCUGUAUUUCUCACCAGAAGUUUGCUAUGACUUUGUAUGAGCAGUGUGUGUGUCGCAGUUGUGGAGCAUCAUCAGAUCCAUUGCCUUUUACAGAAUUUGUACGUUACAUUUCCACCACAGCCCUGUGUAAUGAAGUAGAAAAAAUGAUGGAGAGGCACGAGCGUCUCAAGCCAGAAAUGUUUGCAGAAUUGCUGCAGGCAGCAAAUACUGCUGAUGACUACAGAAAGUGUCCUAGUAAUUGUGGUCAAAAAAUCAAAAUCCGUCGUGUUCUUAUGAACUGUCCUGAGAUUGUCACCAUUGGUUUAGUGUGGGAUUCAGAACACUCUGAUCUGACAGAAGAGGUUAUGCGGAAUCUGGCAACACAGCUUUAUCUUCCAGGGCUGUUUUAUAGGGUUACAGAUGAAAAUGCCAAAAACAGUGAGCUUUUUCUUGUGGGAAUGAUUUGUUACACGAGCCGACAUUACUGUGCCUUUGCCUUUCACACCAAGAGCUGCAAAUGGGUGCUGUUUGAUGAUGCUAAUGUGAAAGAGAUUGGAACCAAAUGGAAAGAUGUGGUGUCCAGGUGCAUUCGAUGUCACUUCCAGCCAUUGCUGCUAUUUUAUGCUAACCCAGAUGGCACAGCUGUGUCUCCAGAAGAUGCACCAAAGCAGAUUAUUCACUGGUCUCAAUGCAAGGCAGCAGGAGGAAAUGGGGAAGACCUGGGAUUUGAAAAGCAUUCUGUUGCUAAAGCAGACCAUGUGAAAGAGAAUGGAAUUGGAGAUUCUACUAAUCAAAGGAGUAAUAAAAAACUUCAGCCAGAUAAUCCUGCAUUCAGUAGGAGCCAUAUUCAAGCAAGUGGUGGUAGAGGCCCAGCCAAGUUAGGAUACAGUGAACAAAAGGACAGGCUAAAGGAUUUAUCCAGAGAGUGUGCCCAGAAAGCUGCUGACAUGAAAAACUUCACAUCUUUACGGAAAGAUGUGGACAGAGGACCAAGGAAAGAGUCUGGGAGACAAAGAGACUUGACUGGGGAAGAGCGUUGCAGUGCCAAGUCAGGGUCUCCUCCAGUUGGGAAUGGACUGAGGCACUGCGCGGAUCCACGGAUCUACGGCAGCCAGGGAAGGGGCCCCUACAAGCACGACAGCCAAGCACCUCACCAGGCAAAGCUUUCUGCACAUGGGCUUGGAUCAAACAAAACAGAGCCUUUUCCUGCUGGGGAGAAAGCAGUGACAAGGACACGGACCGAUGGCAUCGCUGGCUAUGACACGGAUACCAGUCAAGACUCCAGGGACAAAGGAAGUAUGAGCAGCAGGAGCAGGAGUAAAGGUUGGAAGCCAAUGAGGGAGACACUGAAUGUAGACAGCAUUUUCAGUGAGACUGAGAAAAAACAGCACAGCCCAAAGCACAAAGCAAACCUGAGCAGUAAAUCUAAGCACGAAAAGGAGCGGAGCUUUAACCACUGGCCAAAGGAGACCCAAAUGCAGAAGGGUUUAAUGACUAUAUAUGAAGAUGAGACAAAACAGGAUACAGGAAGUCGAAGUUCACUGGAUUCUGAGGGAAAAGGGAAUGCUGAAAAAAGCAAAGGAUUUACAGAGAGAAAAAUCCAUGGUGAUAACUGGCAAAUUCAGAGGACAGAAUCUGGGUAUGAAAGCAGUGACCAUAUCAGCAAUGGCUCUGCAAAUCCAGACUCCCCUGUUAUUGAAGGAAUCAAUUCGGCAGAUGCCAAGAAUGUGAAGGAAAGUGCUUCCUGCAGUGAACAGAACUUGCCAACCAAAAAAGCUGACAGUGUGGUACAUUCAGUGCCCCAGCAGAACAGAAGCUUCCAUGCCCCAGAUUUGAGGAAAGACCAGAUCAAUUCUGAAGUUCACUACAGACCUCAUCCCCAUGUUGGUUUCCCAGCAGAAUUACAUUUGCAGGUCCCCAGUCCUCCAGUAAAGAGAGCUGAAAUGCCUGAGACCAACAGGAAAUAUUUCCCCUCAUCAGCUCUCCAGCCAGUUGUCAAAGAGAUUGUGAAGUCAGACAGCAGGAGCAAGGCCACCGAGCCCAACUCUUCCGAGUGGCUUCAGGCAGAGAGGUUUGAGAAGCUGAACGUGCCCGUGUAUUGUGCGGACAGCGUGUCCCACCCCUUCCCGGACAACGCCUGUGGCAGGAAGCCAAUCCACAGCGACUUUCCCGCCCCUGGCCAGCCGCAGUCUCACCACACAAGGAGCGUGUCCCAUCACGCUCCGGGUCCCAAGGUGGGGCUGGUGCCCUGUGCCCCUCAGAGCCUGCCCGAAAGGCCGGCGGUGCCGCCCGCCCCUCCCGGCGAGCACGGCGGGCACCUGCUCCGGAGGGCUGAUCCCCUGUGGGGGCCUGAAGCCGUGUACCAGAACGUUCCUCCCCCCUUACCUCCCAAGAAAUAUGCUCUGAGCACUUUGGUAGGAUCAGAGAAUAACUCGGUAGCGAAUGGAAAAUCAACGGAAGUGUUGCAAAUUAGUCCAUUAAGGCAAACAGGUGCACCUGCAAAAUCUGCAUCAGAAGCAAGUGCAGUCCCAGCUGAACAAAGGCUGAAAGAGCCCUUUCCAGGGAACGAAGUGUUUGUUCACAAACCGGAUUCUCCACCUCGCUUAUCAGCUAAUGAGUUCUGGACCGUGUCUGAGAACAUGCUGAAGAAAGGAUCUCGUCACACGGGACCCGGCCCUGCCUACGCAGACGGGAACGACAGCGUGUCCCUAACCACUUACUUCUCGGUAGACAGCUGCAUGACUGACACCUACAGGCUCAAAUACCACCAGAGGCCCAAGCUGUAUUUCCCAGAGAGUGGAAGCUUCCACAAGGAGAAGCAUCCUCCAGCAGCUGGAGUAGAUCUGAAUGCCACAUACCCUGCCACUCUGGAGCCCAGGCAUCCCACCCCCGAGCAGAGGUACAAGGCAAAUGCAGAAGGAAUACACUGCAGUCGAUAGGUUCUUCAAGAAGCCCACACCUGGAUGUCACUUUGGCAUUUCAUGUAGUCUGUAAAGGGGCACAACCUCUGCGUGUGUGUGUGUGAUAAUCAGGUACCCAGCUGACUGUACUUUGCUGUGACUGUUCCAAUGAAUAUGCAAAGAGGCAAACAGAGGAGACGAGGUGCUAAACUUGUGGUUCUUUGAUUUGUUACUCUAGUUGCCUUAAUGCUUACCUCUGUUACUCAGCUUGUCUUCUUCAGUUCGUAUUCCUUGUGGUCCC